GAAACAGAAUGCCUGUGUUCAGAAGUUCCUUCUUAGGAAGAAACCAGCUGAAGCUGGCGAAAUCCAAGAUGGCACCCCUCACGAAUCUCCAGCUUCAUUAUCAUCCUAUUUUCAUGUUAAGUGACACUCCCACCAGCGCCAUGGUAAUUGACAGUCACCAUGACAACGACUGGAAGAGACCAAGAAGGGACAGAAAAAAAGGGGUUCCUUGAUUCCAGGAAAAUCUCCGUCCUUUCCCAAGAGAAGCAUAAAUAUUCCCGCAUCUGCUCGUAAUGCCUGUCCCCUUCAUUAAAGAAAGUUUCGUCUGCAGCUUCCCAGCUCUCACAAGCUGAGCUGAUUGCAGAUCUUGCAAUUCCAUAGCCGUUGAAUGAAGCCUGCACUGCUUGACACUCACUUUCGGUUGCGUGGAUUGGCCUCGCCACACAGCAGGAAAGAACCCCUUCUGGGAUAACCAGGACUCCCGGUCUGCCGUCAUGGAUCCUCUCGCAGAAGCAAAUGGCACCUUUGCCUUAAACCUUUUGAAAACGCUGGGUGAAGGCAACUCGAAGAAUGUGUUUUUCUCACCCAUGAGCAUGGCCUCUGCCCUGGCCAUGGUCUACAUGGGGGCACAGGGAAACACUGCCGUGCAGAUGGCCCAGGUACUUUCUUUAAAUAAAAGUGGUGGUGGCGGAGAUGUCCACCAGGGCUUCCAGUCCCUUCUCACCGAAGUGAACAAGCCUGGCACGCAGUACCUGCUUAGGACGGCCAACAGGCUCUUUGGGGAAAAGUCCUGUGACUUCCUCUCAGCUUUUAGGGAUUCCUGCCAAAAAUUCUACCAAGCGGAGAUGGAGGAGCUUGACUUUAUCAGCGCCGCAGAGAAUUCCAGAAAACAUAUAAACACCUGGGUAGCUGAAAAGACAGAAGGUAAAAUUGCCGAGCUGCUCUCCCCGGGCACAGUGGAUUCACUGACAAAGCUGGUUCUGGUGAAUGCCAUCUACUUCAAAGGAAACUGGGAUAAACAAUUCCCCAAGGAGGACACCGAGGAGAGACCGUUUAAAGUCAGCAAGAAUGAAAAGAAACCUGUGCAAAUGAUGUUUAAGAAAUCUACUUUUAAGAAGACCUAUAUAGGAGAAAUCUUUACCCAGAUCCUGGUGCUUCCCUAUGUCGGCCAGGAGCUGAAUAUGAUCAUCAUGCUUCCGGACGAGACCACCGACUUGAGAACGGUGGAGAAAGAAAUCACUUACGAGAAGUUCAUAGAAUGGACGAGGCUGGACAUGAUGGAUGAAGAGGAGGUGGAAGUGUUUCUCCCGCGGUUUAAACUGGAGGAAAGCUACGACAUGGAGCGCGUCCUGCGCAACCUGGGCAUGACCGACGCCUUCGAGGUGGGCAAGGCAGACUUCUCCGGAAUGUCCAAGGCAGACCUGUUUCUGUCCAAGGUCGUGCACAAAUCCUUUGUGGAGGUCAACGAGGAAGGCACUGAGGCUGCGGCUGCCACAGCUGCCAUCGUGAUGCUGCGGUGCGCCAGAUUCACCCCCCGCUUCUGUGCCGACCACCCCUUCCUUUUCUUCAUCCAGCACAGCAAGACCAACGGGAUUCUCUUCUGCGGCCGCUUUUCCUCCCCGUGAGGGCAGGGCGGUCUUUGUGCGCAGCCCCUCUCCUCUCUGUCCUCUGACACUCCACAGUGUGCCUGCAACCCAAGUGGCCUUAUCUGUGCAGCGGGGGCAGUUCAGAAAUAAAGGGAACAAUUGUGGGAUGCCACAUUCA